CUGUCGUCUUACUGCACCAACGCGAAAUCUCAUCGUCGACCACAGGCUUGGUCUGACGCAUACACUCGCCUAGCACACUCGACCCAGCAGCCUUUGCAAUCACUCCUGCACCACCCUCUCUGACUGUAAAGAGAUGCGCUUCGCCAGAACCUUCUACCUCGCCACCUCUGCGGCGCUCUUGAGCGUCGCUCCGUUGAGCUCUGCACAGAGCACGACUUCGGCAGCUGCGACGCCUCAAUCGUCUUACAUUCCCACCUCCGGAGCUUCUCCUCAAUGCACGCAGUACAUGUCCGAUCUGAACAGCGACGACACGCUGGAGCAAUGCAUCGCUCCACUGUUGGAAGCGACCAACUUUUUCGCAAAGUCGACCAACGACACUGCCCCAUCCAGCAUGGAGCUGACUGGCAGUCUGGACAGGAUCUGCUCCGCUUCUGCUUGCGAUUCGGGCACCAUCAGAAAGAAGCUUUCGGACUUUUACAGCGCUUGCAGAGCAGAGGUGCAAGCUACUCAACAGCAAGUCCUCGAGGUGUACGACUUUUUGUACCUCAUCAACCCUUUCCGUCAAGCCGUCUGCACAAAGGACGACUCGCAAAAAUACUGCUUGCUCAACAUCGCACCCACAGCGGCCAAGACGGCCACCACGAAGCGAUCACUGGGCACUGACGACCCCGAACUUUCGGGCGCUGCACGCCGGCACGACGCCGUUCAAGUAGCCGAGGAGAUUGUUCGUCGGCAAACGACCGUGGCAGCAGAUGACAACCUGGACCAAGGUGUGGGUGCGACGGCAGCGGCUGGCAGCGCGGACACCAACAUCGCCUUCUUGUUUCUGCAGCCAGAUGCGCAAAAGGAUGUGCUGUGCUCCAGCUGCACCAAGAACAUCCUUGCGGCCUACAUCGAGUUUGAGACUUCCAUCCCUUACGCCAUCGGUCUCUCUCGCUCUAGCCAGCUAAAGGGUCAGUCGGACUUGUACAAGUCGGCAAAGAAGACGUGCGGCAACGACUUUACCGUUUCCAUCAACCAGAUUGCAGGAACGACUGCUUUCUCCGAGGUCAGCGCCGCUGGCAAGAUGUUGGCUACCUCUGCCGCCGCCGCCGUCGUCGCUCUGCUCGUCUCUGUCGCGCUGCUCUUCUGAAUGGGGCUCUAGACCGCGUGCGCACCGCUUCUUGCUCGUGAUACCAAGAGCAGGUCUCGAAUUUACCGUCAAGAUCGGUGCGCAUCGCUCACAUCGGCGCAACUACGCGCGUCGCCCUCGGCCCAGCCACUUCAUCCUUCCACGCCCGCCUCCUUUCCGUCACGAAGACCCGGGAUCAUUUCACGUC